UCCAGACUCUGAUCUCAUCAUCGGUGUUUUGUUGGAGCGGGGAGCCCCCGUGGAGCUGCUCUUCACUCUGACUGGAGCUCGCGGCACAAUCUCCGAGGCUAGAGACAUGCUCAAUGGCAGCUUACAAGCGUAUACAUUCUCCAGCCCACUUGAAGGGCCGUUGAAGGUGACGGUACGAGCUGUGAAUGCCUUCUCUGCCUCUGAGGUGGACGUGGACUUAGAGAACAUACUUCGGUCUUGCCAGAAUCAGUCUGAGUUCUCAGCAGAUGUGCAUGGAAACUCUACAGCUAGUUUAAGUAUUGACAACUUGAGAAUAACUGCUACUCCGGACAUGUUGGCUGACUACACCCAGAGUGUCACACUGAGUGUAUCUGGAACUGAAUCGAUGCCCAGCAAAGGACUCGUGUUUGAAUGGAAAUGUGAAGGAAACUGCAAAUGCAGAAACAAAACAAAGGGUGAAACUCAUGUUAUCGGGAAGGAUUGCCUUCCAGAUCCCUUUGAUAUUUUCGAAUACAUUCUAACUGUGAGGAGAGCAACCUGGUUUAGGAAAUGGGUUGACUUUGCUUCAGCAUCAAAGUGCAUAAUUCUUACACCAAAGGAAUUCACAGAUGUCACUAUAAGUUGUGAUGACUGUUCUUCAAUAAAUGUCCACCACCCUGUAAAGCUCAGACUGAGCUGUGUUACAACUUGUCAAGAAGUAGUUUGGUAUAUUGAGGACCCUAAACCUUUGCCGGAUGACCUUAAAAAAUGUCACUCCAAAGAAGGAAGGAGUCCACUAAUUGAGAGGCAGGAUGGCAACACUGAGUAUGUUGUUCAUAGCCAACAUCUGAAAGUUUCCAGGGAUAUAUCUCACAACAUCAGUGUAAUAGCUUAUGGGAAGAAUACGCCAGGUUUUGCCAAGUACACCCUUCCAAUACCAGGCCCUGAGCCUACUGAGCCAGACAACCUGCCCCCCUCAUGCAGCAUCUCUCCACCGUCAGGAACCGUCCUCGAGCCUUUUGACAUCACCUGCAAAUCAAGCUCUUUCUGCUCUACAGGCUGUUCUUACUGCUUCAAAACAGACACAGGAAAACAUCUGCGCUGCAGUAAGGCAAAAGAAGUGAAAUCUGUCUUCCUGCCCCUGGGAGAUAAGAACAACAACUACACUUUGUUAGUCGUGGUGACUGUUACAAACAAACAUGAGAAAACCAGCACUACUGUCUCCACUCAGGUACGAACAAGCAGCACAAGUACAUCCGUGGAGGCUCUCUCAUCUGCAGUGGAGGACGGUGUAGGUCAGUUAGAGCAGCAGGGUCUUCUCUCCUGCGAGGCACUCGGACAAAUCUUUUCUUCAGUUUCUGAUUUGUUAAAUACAGACGACGGCCAAGAUCAGAAGGAUGCAAGGACAACGCUCAGAAAGCAAAUGCUGACGAAAAUGACCAGAGUUCUGCUGGACUCACCCAGCAACACAACUCAGGAGGUCCAAGUGACAGCCAGAGCUCUGGCCGGACUCACCCAGCGCCCAGACGAGCUCAGUCCCGCUGCUCAAGAGGAAGCGGGUUCCUUGCUGGUAGACCUCAGCUCCUCCCUCAACACAAUCAGUGGUAAUCAAGACGAUGGAGAGGACGGAGAAGUUGUGCAAGCUGCUACACCAAUACUUGAAGCAGCCAGUAAUAUUUUGAAUGUUUCCUCAAAUAAAAAAGUCUCAGAUUUUCUUCUUACUGGGAUAAGCAAUAUUCAAAGUGCUUUGCUGAAUAAUAGAAAGCUGAAUGGAGACCCUGCCAUCAUUGAUUCUGGUCAGAUCAGUGUGUAUGUCAACAGAGUGUCUCCAGAAAACAUGCAAAUGCAGGAUAUAAAUCUCCAGAAGAACAGCACCUCCAGAUUUUCCUUCCCUGCACUGCCUGCUCAUAUUCUCUCUCCAGAGGAGCCAGUUGAUGUCAGAAUGAUGAGUUUUGUGAAGAACCCGUACUCUUGGAAAGAAGAAAACAUCACUGGAACUGUAGGAUCCGUCUCUCUAACCAGAAUGAACGGAUCUGUCAUUUCUGUACAGAACUUACCUGACGAGAUACAGAUUUUCCUACCAAGGCUUGAUAUUGGGGAGGAGAACGGCACGGUCCUGGACCUGGCUAAUUUCAGCACUUUAAUAAUUAAUGUUCCCUCGCCGGAUGUAACAGUGGUUCUGAAAAUGGAGCCAUCUGAAGACAUCUCAUUCAUGCUGUUCCUGGGAUGUAAAGAUUAUCCAAAUGAUGAGAAUUAUUUAGCUAAGACUCAGAUGCCUCUACAGAACGCCAAAGGGGAAGGGAAAUACACCUGGGUCCUGAGUCCCAAAGACAGAACAGGAGAAGUAGGAGAGCACUACCUUGUGAUCAAGCCCAUUGUUGAGCCAGGCAUCAAAGCCAUGAAUGCCACUGUCACUGUCAUUUCCAUCGCCACCCAGUGCAAAUACUGGAAUGAAAAUGAGUCUUCUUGGAGCGAGGAUGGCUGCAGGGUCGGCCCGCUCACCACACCUCUCGUCACACACUGCCUCUGUAACCACCUGACUUUCUUUGGUAGCUCCUUCUUUGUCAUGCCGAACUUGGUUGACGUGUCACGGACUGCAGAACUGUUCGCUACGUUCACUAACAAUCCGGUGGUGGUGUGUUUUGUGGGGGCCAUCUUUGCUGCGUAUCUCGUGGUGGUAGUAUGGGCACGCAGAAAAGACAUCCAGGACUCAGCCAAGGUCAAGAUAACAGUGCUGGAGGAUAAUGACCCAUUGGCUGAGUAUCACUAUAUGCUGAAUGUCAGCACAGGUCAUCGACAUGGUGCAUCCACCUCCUCCCAGGUAACAAUAACCCUGCUGGGCACAGAGGGAGAAAGUGAGCCCCACCACCUGAUUGACACUGAGAAGCCAGUGUUUGAGAGGGGAGGGGUGGACAUGUUCCUGCUCACCACGCACUUCUCUCUUGGAGACCUGCAGAGCAUCAGGCUGUGGCACGACAACUCGGGAGCACACCCUGCAUGGUACGUCAACAAAGUAAUGGUGCAGGAUCUGGAGAGUGGUCAGAAAUGGCACUUCCUUUGUAAUUCCUGGCUGGCUGUAGAUGUAGGAGAGUGUGCUCUUGACCAGGUCUUCCCAGUAGCCACAGAGAUGGACUUGAAGAGGUUUAGUAACCUGUUCUUCAUGAAGACAGCCAAGGAUUUCAGGGACGGCCACAUCUGGUUCUCUGUGAUUAGUCGCCCUCCCUGUAGCACUUUCACUCGAGUGCAGCGUGUGUCCUGUUGUUUUUCCCUGUUGCUUUGCACCAUGCUCACAAGCAUCAUGUUUUGGGGAAUCCCAACGGACCCUUCGGAGCAAACCAUGGACCUAGGUCACAUCGAGUUCACCUGGCAACAAGUUGUCAUUGGAGUACAAAGUUCAAUCAUCAUGUUUCCUAUCAAUCUCCUGAUCGUGAGUAUCUUCAGAAACGCACGACCUCGAGAGAAGGGCACCAAAACGGAAACGCCUAAACAAGGAAAAACUGGUCGAGUUUCUCCCUCUCAAACGUCUUCCCCUCAGAAAGCAUUGAAGGACAUCACACCAGACACUGUGAUCAAGGACAUAAAGAGGAUUGCUCAGUCCCUCUCUAAGGCAAUGAAGAGUCCGCUCCCUCAGCUCGAGCUCCGGCCUGGUCACCAGUCUGACAUCAACACUCUGUUGUCUCUGGUGGAGGAUAUCAUCAGACAGCAGAACCGUGCGGCUGGAGACUUCUACACUGAAGCCUCCAAGAGGGACCCCUCGAUGAUUCUCAGUUUACAAGCUGUUAAUCUAGAACAAGAAAUCAGCGGGUUAGGGAGCCCUGAGAAAACGUCAGAUGGAGUUCAGAAGAAGAGCAGCAACAGCCGUUACCUGUACAAGCAGCUGCGUCAUGUUGAGAAGGAGCUUGGAUUGCUGGGACUAUCUCGUUUUCCAAACCCAGACAGCUACAACCGAGCCAUGCAGCAGGUUAAAGGAAUGAAAGGUCUUCUGGAGUGCCGCCUCCACGCGCCCAGCCUGGAGGGAGACGAGCUGGACCGCAGCCCCAGUCCAGGAGAGAGCGUCAAGGAAGUCUCCACCAAGAAGGGCUGUCGAGGCGGGCUGCCCUGGUGGUCUGUGUUUGUUGGUUGGAUACUGGUGAUCGCAACCAGCGCAGUGUCCGGUUAUUUCACAAUGAUGUAUGGGCUGACUUAUGGGAAGGACCGCUCCAUAAACUGGCUUAUCUCCAUGAUGAUCUCCUUCUUUGAGAGUCUCUUCAUCACCCAACCACUCAAGGUUCUUGGUUUCGCUGCUUUCUUCGCACUCGUUCUAAAAAAAGUUGACCAAGAGGAGUACGGCGAGCCCCAGAUAGAUGAGAGUCUAAGGACCACAGAUGAUCCCGAUACAGUGCGUGCCGCAAGAAGAGACAGCACAUGCAGUUUCUAUCAACCACCACCUCGCACUGACAUCGAGAAGCUAAGGAACAACAUGGUUAAAGAACAGAAGGUCUUUGCACUAAUAAGGGAGAUCCUUGUUUACAUGGGAUUUAUGUGGAUGUUGCUCCUGGUGGCGUACGGUCAGAGGGACCCCAACGCUUACUUUCUGACAAAACACAUUCGGCAGAGCUUCAGCAGAGGGAUCUCUGACAGUAUGAGUAUUCAGGAAAUGUUCAAAUGGGCAAACACGACUCUGCUGAGCAACCUAUUUGGAGAGCACCCAGGAUUCAUCACAGAUGGAAACUCCAAACUGGUGGGUAAUGCUCGCCUUCGCCAGGUGAGGGUGCAUCAAAAUUCCUGCCACGUGGCUCCCUCCAUGCAGCAGCCAGAGCGGGACUGUCACGCUCCAUACUCGUGGGAGUUGGAAGACAUGGGCUCCUACGGUCCAGGCUGGAGUCGCUCUGACGGUGACAACACCUCGCUGAACCUAAGAAGCCUCUGGAAGUACCAGUCCCAGCAUCAACUGAGGGCCAUCCCAGUGUGGGGCAGCGUGAAGCUGUACAGAGGAGGAGGGUUUGUGGUGGAUUUAGGGCCCGAUUUAAUUCAUUCCAGCAGAUCCCUUCAGUACCUUUAUGACAACACCUGGUUUGAUGUGUACACCCAAGCUGUCUUUGUAGAAUUCACUGUGUACAACGCCAACGUCAACCUCUUCUGUAUUGUCACUCUCAUGCUGGAGACCACAGCCAUAGGAGCUUUCCAGUUCCGCAGUGAGCUUCAGAGUGUGCGUCUUUACCAGUCCACUGGAGGCCUUCACGUCUUUGUGAUGGCCUCUGAGGUUGUUUACUUCCUCUUCAUCAUCUAUUACAUGUUUGUCCAGGGGAAGCUGCUGAAGCAGCAGAGAUGGGCUUAUUUCAGGAGCAAGGUGAACCUGCUGGAGCUGGCAAUUAUCCUCCUCAGCUGGAGUGCGCUAUCUGUGUUCAUCAAGAGGACUUUACUUGGGGAGCGGGACAUGGAGUAUUACCAAGACAACAAAGACCAAUACGCAAGUUUCCAUGAGACAGCCAAGGCCGAUGCAGUGCUGGGGUAUCUGAUAGCUUUCCUGGUGCUAUUGGCUACAAUCAAACUGUGGCGCCUGCUGAGACUGAACCCUAAGCUGCACAUGAUCACCGCCACGCUGCAGCGAGCUUGGUCUGAUAUCUCAGGCUUCCUGGUGGUCAUGACCAUCAUGUUCCUGGCCUAUUCCAUCGCUUCCAACCUGAUGUAUGGGUGGAAGCUAUACUCCUAUCGUACUCUGCUGAAUGCUGCACAGACCAUGGUUAGCCUGCAGCUCGGCAUUUUUAACUAUGAAGAGGUUCUGAAUUACAAUCCAGUGCUUGGAGCUUUCCUCAUCGGUUCGUGCAUCGUGUUUAUGACCUUCGUGGUGCUGAACCUCUUCAUCUCUGUCAUUCUGGUGGCUUUCAGUCAAGAGCAGAUCCAUCACAAGCCGUCAGAAGAGGAUGAGAUCGUAGACCUGAUGCUGAUGAAACUCUUCAGCUUGUUUGGAGUCAAAUGUAAGAAACAAGCUGGUGACUGCACAACUGAGAGGCCAGUUGGUUCAUCUGCUCCAUACAAGGGACCCUCAGCGGUUUCUUCUGGGAGUAUUUGUGAUGGUUGACAUGCUCUCACUGACUCCAAGUUUUUGCCUUUUUUGCUUAGUGACUGAAUUGCAAUGAAUUGUCUUUUCAAGUCUGUAAAUGAUUAGCAUUUGUCUCUUUUGCUGCACGAAUGUCACUCUUGUAGGAGAAUCUUGAAACGUAGGAAACAAAGACGAUCCCUACGUUAUGCACUGAAGCACUGCAUUUAGGCUACUGUGUAUAUGUAAAGCAAAUAAAUAAAAGAUAUUCAUGGUUACUAC